UCCCCUCAAGUUACUUCAAGAAAUCAGAUCUGUCAGGACGGGCGAAAAAAAUGCCACUUCCCAACUAAGAGGCGGAAUCCAGCCCAGAUUUUCAGUCCUUUCUUCUUCUUUUUUUCCUUCCUCCCUUUCACUAAUUUAUCCCGAUGUUAGCACAUUCUGUCUUGUAACACCCGGGCGCCUGUAGGUUUGUUUCAUGGGAUCAUUACUUACUGAUCAGGAUGGCUCCCAGGUCCGGGGCUGAAGACGGAGUGUGAAGUUGGGGAAACAUUUUUUUUUUUUAAUUACUGUGAUGAUUAUUACCUCUCGGUGCUUAUUCAGGAAAAGCAAACAAACAAAAAUCUGGUCCUUGAUGCUUCAGUUCUGAAUGUGAAAUAUUACCUACCAACUGGUAAAGUUGUGAGGCUCAGCAUUUUUUUUUUUUUUUAAGCAAGGAGGAAAAAAACCUAAACAAAAAAAAAAGGACUUCUGAUCCGUGUGCCAAAGUAGGGGGAGAUAUGUUAUUGACCGAUUUAUACUGGCUGAGAUGAUACUUGCUUUCUACUUCUUGAUCACUUGCUCUUUAAGUAAAAUGAGGCACAGAGUUGUUGCUGAGACGAGUGGGAACAGCAUUUUGAUUUGCUGGUUUAAUUAAAAAAUGAUAAAGGAUUAAAGGACAAGGUGGACGUGGAGUGCGGGUUGUGAACCUAGACACACCUGGGGGAGGAAGACAAGAAGAGUUGAACUUAAGAGAGCCCAACGGAGAUAAACGAAUGUCCCCACAUCUCCAAAGGAAAGUUCAUCGGUUUUUUACUCUAGAGAUCUCAUCUUCAGGAUGUCAUUGAACACUUCCACUGCAGGAAAAGGUGUGGAUCCAAACGCGGUUGACACUUAUGACAGUGGCGAUGACUGGGAAAUCGGUGUUGGGAAUUUAAUAAUCGAUUUGGACGCCGAUUUGGAGAAAGACAGACAGAAAUUUGAGAUGAAUAAUUCUACUAACACCACCAGCAGCAGCAACACCAGCUCCAAGGAUUGCGGGGGUCUGGCUUCCAGUGGGGCUAAUGCUACCUCAGCCUUAGCUGAUGGCCUAAAAUUUGCUUCUGUUCAGCCCUCUGCUCCCCAGGGGAAUUCCUCGCACAAAGAGACUAGCAAAUCAAAAGUGAAAAGGAGUAAAACUUCUAAGGAUGCUAAUAAAUCUCUGCCUUCUGCUGCCUUGUAUGGGAUUCCUGAGAUCAGCAGUGCUGGCAAGAGGCAGGAAGUCCAAGGGCGCCCUGGAGAGGCAACUGGCAUGAAUUCAGCACUGGGUCAAAGCGUGAGCAGUAACCCAAACGGCAAUAAUAAUACCACCAGCAACAACAUCACCAUUGCCUCUUGUGGGAAAAACAAAGAGGAGAAACCAGGUAAAGCCCCGGGCAGCAGAGGCUCCAAGCGAGAUAAGGAUGCGGGAAAAUCCAGGAAGGACAAGCAGCAUGACCUGCAGCAGGGCCACCCCAAUGGCGGCGGGGGUGGCAGCAGCCAGGCUCUCCCUGGGCACCUCUAUGGCUUCGGGGCCAAGGGAGGCAGUGGUGGAAGCAGCAGCCCCUUCCACAGCACCUCCUCUGCUGUGGGGGAGGUGAGCAAAAGCACCCCGGAUCCAGGGUUAAUGGGGAACUCUAUUUUGGUAAAGAAGGAAGAGGAUGAGGAGGAGAGCCACAGGCGAAUCAAGAAAUUGAAAACAGAAAAGGUUGAUCCCCUGUUUACAGUGCCUGCACCUCCACCUCCGAUUUCCAGCAGUAUCACACCUCAGAUUCUGCCUUCCUACUUUUCUCCGUCUUCAUCCAAUAUCGCAGCACCAGUCGAGCAGCUUUUGGUACGGACUCGUUCAGUGGGUGUAAAUACUUGCGAGGUUGGAGUAGUAACAGAACCCGAAUGCCUUGGACCCUGUGAGCCUGGGACCAGCGUGAACUUGGAAGGAAUUGUGUGGCAUGAAACUGAAGAAGGUGUCCUAGUGGUAAAUGUUACGUGGAGGAACAAAACUUAUGUGGGAACACUGCUGGACUGCACAAAGCACGACUGGGCCCCUCCUAGGUUUUGUGAGUCACCAACAAGUGACCUGGAAAUGCGUGGAGGACGGGGGAGGGGAAAGCGAGCAAGGUCUGCUGCAGCUGCAGCUGUACCUGGGAAUGAUGCAAGUUUUGCAGAGUCCAGAGGACUUCAGAAUAAGAAUCGAGGUGGUGCCAAUGGGAAGGGGAGGAGGGGCAGCCUUAACUCCAGUGGGCGCAGGACACCCCCAAACUGCACCAUGGAUGAGGUGAAAGCCAGCCCCUCAUCCACAAACAAGAGGAAAACUAAGCCUCCAAUGGAGCUUGAUUUGAAUUCCAGUUCAGAGGACAAUAAAUCUGGAAAACGUGUUCGUACUAACUCUAGAAGCACUCCCACCACCCCACAGGGGAAACCUGAGACUACUUUUUUGGACCAAGGCUGCUCUUCUCCAGUGCUGAUUGACUGUCCUCACCCCAACUGCAACAAAAAAUACAAGCACAUUAAUGGACUAAGAUACCAUCAGGCUCAUGCACAUUUAGACCCAGAAAACAAACUGGAGUUUGAGCCUGAUGGUGAAGACAAAAUUUCAGACUGUGAGGAAGCAUUGAGUAAUGUGGCACUUGAAUGCAGUGAGCCAAGCACAAACUUGCCAGGCUUUGAUCCACUAAAAGCACCGACAUCUCCUUCCUCUAUCACUACCACAGGGACCCCCAAGGGAAAAAGGGAACUGACCAGCAACGGUCCUGGUUCAGUUAUGAGUUCCAAAACUGGCAAGAAUUCUGGCAAAAAGAAGGGUCUGAACAGUGAAUUGAACAGCCUUCCAGUAAUUUCUAAUAUGGCAGCUACACUGGAUAAUUGCUCUGUAGCAGAUGGCAAUUUGCAAACUGAAAUGCCGAAAUUGGAGGCUGAAGGGUUAAUCGACAAGAAGAGUUUGGGUGAUAAAGGCAAGAAAGCAAACAAUUGCAAAGUGGAUAAAAACCUUUCCAAACUGAAAACAGCCAGGCCCAUUGCCCCAGCGCCAGCACCGACUCCUCCUCAAUUAAUAGCUAUACCUACGACAGCCUUCACAACCACCACUACAGGGACAAUACCGGGACUGCCCUCCCUAACAACUACCAUUGUUCAGGCUACACCAAAGAGCCCUCCGCUAAAACCUAUUCAACCAAAGCCCACAAUCAUGGGAGAGCCAAGCACUGUAAACCCAGCUCUCACAUCACUCAAAGACAAAAAGAAAAAGGAGAAGCGAAAGCUGAAGGACAAAGAAAGCAAAGAGACAGGAAGUCCCAAGAUGGAUUCCAAGCUGGGAAAGCUGGAGGAUUCAAAAGGGUCUGGGAAGGACUUAUCUGGACAUUUUUUAAAGGACCAUCUCAACAAGAAUGAAGUGCUAGCUAAUGGACUGUCAGAGUCUCAAGAGAGCAGGAUGGCAAGUAUUAAGGCUGAAGCUGAUAAGGUUUACACGUUCACAGACAACGCGCCCAGCCCUUCCAUAGGGAGUGCAUCCAGGAUGGAAUGCAGCACUUUGGUGAAUGGACAAUCUGCCAUGGCGCCACUGCACGUGUUGACACAAAACGGUGCAGAUAGCGCGGCCACUAAAACCAACAGCCCUGCUUACUCGGAUAUUUCUGAUGCAGCUGAUGAUGGUGGCUCUGACAGCAGGUCAGAGGGCUUGAGGUCAAAGGCCAGCUCUCCAUCAGAUAUUAUUUCUAAUAAGGACGGUGUUGUAAAAGGGCAUUCUUCAACCACAGCACAAUCGGCUCAAGCAAAAGAGUCCCAUUCUCCCUAUUACCAUGGCUACGAUCCUUAUUAUUCCCCAAGUUACAUGCACUCUGGACAGGUCAGUGCCCCAGCAGCUGGGAACAGCAGUACCCCACAGGGACUGAAGAUCAAAAAAGAGGCAGAGGAAGAGGCUGAAAAGAAAGAGAAGGCAGAACCGUCAGAUGCCAAGAAAAGCGAAAGCACUUCCUCUAAUUUGCAACCACAACAUCAGUCAGUAAUAACGCAAAGACACCCUGCACUUGCUCAGUCACUUUAUUAUGGACAGUAUGCCUAUGGGCUCUACAUGGACCAAAAGUCCCUAAUGGCCUCUAACCCUGCUUACAGGCAGCAGUAUGAAAAGUACUAUGAGGACCAGAGACUAGCAGAACAGAAAAUGGCACAAACUGGGAGGGACUGUGAAAGGAAGAAUGAACCCCCUUUGAAGGAGAUUGGGAAAGAUGACAACAAGCAGAAGAAUAUUCCAUCUGCCACUAUUUCAAAGGCCCCUUCAACUCCAGAGUCCAGCAAAAAUAACACUAAAAUAGUACCUAACAAAGGCGAGGAGACAAGCAAAUCACAGAUCCUUUCCAAUCACCAGCAGCAGCUUCAGGCUGACAGUUUCAAAGCCAAACAAAUGGAAAACCACCAGCUCAUAAAGGAGGCUGUGGAGAUGAAAUCUGUUAUGGACUCCAUGAAGCAAACGGGAGUAGAUCCAACCACACGAUUUAAACAGGAUCCAGAUUCACGAACAUGGCAUCAUUAUGUCUAUCAGCCCAAAUACCUUGAUCAGCAAAAAUCAGAAGAACUUGAUCGUGAGAAAAAGUUAAAAGAAGAUAGCCCUAGAAAAACACCUAACAAGGAAAGUUCCCUGCCUAACCUUCCUGUCUCAUUAGCAAGCAUUAAAGAGGAGCCUAAAGAGGUCAAGCGUUCUGAUUCUCAAUCAGUGGAUGAGAGCAAGAUAAAAAACGAUGAUCGAAAGACUCCUGUAAAUUGGAAGGACUCUCGGGGUGCUAGAGUAGCAGUUUCCUCACCAAUGAGUCAGCAUCAGUCAUAUAUCCAGUACUUGCAUGCUUAUCCUUAUCCACAGAUGUACGAUCCCAACCAUCCAGCCUAUCGUGCAGUCUCUCCUGUCCUAAUGCACAGCUAUCCUGGGGCCUAUCUCUCUCCAGGAUUUCAUUAUCCAGUUUAUGGGAAGAUGUCAGGGAGAGAAGAGGCGGAAAAAGUCAAUACCAGCCCAAGCAUCAAUACGAAAUCAACCACUGAGUCCAAAGCACUGGAUUUGCUCCAGCAGCAUGCCAACCAGUAUCGCAGCAAGUCCCCUGUUCCUGUGGAAAAAUCAGCAGCUGAGCGUGAACGGGAAGCAGAAAGGGAACGAGACCGUCAUUCUCCUUUUAGCCAGCGGCAUCUCCAUACACACCAUCACACACAUGUUGGAAUGGGUUACCCCCUUAUACCUGGACAAUAUGACCCAUUUCAAGGACUGACCUCUGCUGCCCUUGUUGCCACUCAGCAGGUGGCUGCGCAGGCAUCUGCGUCUGGUAUGUUCCCUGCACAAAGAAGAGAAUGAUGAGUUUGGAGAUGUACGUUGUCAUGUGACUGGAUCACAUGAGGAAGCGCUUUAUUACAGACAUCAGUUCCAUGGUGUUAAUUUGAAAUGCCUUAAUGGCAGGCAAAAAC